AGUGUGGGCAGUCAUGGUUUCUAACACCUAGCCAGCUAAGCUCCUUCUUUUUGGGAUUUAAAUCUUCCUCUUGCUGGGAAAUGGAGAUAGAAAAAUGUAAAAGAGUCUCUUCAGCAAAAGAUAUAUUAUCCCAAGAGAAACUGAAGGUUCCUUUGGAAUCUGGAUUUCUUAAGUUCACUUUUGUGCCCUCCAUCGGAAGACUGCCAACUCAAUGCUACCUUUCUGGCUGUACAACGUUCUGUAAUGAAGUAAUUGCUGAAACAAAAGAAGUGGAGAAGUCAACUGCCAUAGGAAGUAGAAUCAAGGGAACUGGUGAAGCUGCCAGCUGCCCCAACAAACACAAACUUUUCAAACUCCCAGAAGACAAGACAAAAGGAGGGAGAAUGGAUGGGGAGGAUCUUUUCAAAGCUGAGUUUGUUCUCAUCACCGACUCAGAUGAAGAUACAGAGGCUAUUUUAGGCAACGACUACGGACAUGAAAGUUCCGGGGGUUUAGCUGCGUUCCAUGUGUCCAGUGGUGAUGAGUGCCAAGGACAAGAGAAUGUGCCACAGAUGCCACAACACACUGAUCUUCCCUGCAGUUCAGCCACUUCACAAAAACUCUCUCAGUUAACUUCUUCUCUGUCUGCUUCUGAUCAUCUUUCCCAUAAAUCACCUGCUGCUCCUUUACUUUCUCCAACUAAUCUGAAAGUAGAACAUGGAAUGGCCGUUCCAGGCCAUCAGGCUUCCUCUCAGCAAGAAUCUCAUAGCCAGUGGCGAUCUGCCAAUGGGUCCUGCAUCCACCAGACCUCCACAUAUUUCCAGUCUACUACUUCUUCCAGUUUACCUUCCUCUGUACCAAAAAUACUUCCUUCCUCAUUCGAGAGCCUCGUAGAUCAUGAUCAGUCACCCCACCACGUUCAAACUUACAAACCCAAAAAGGAACCCACCUCUUUGUCACUGCCAGUAAGCAAGGAUCCCUGUCCUCCUUCACAGGUUGUCUCGUCAACAGAUGCUUUUCAGGGCUCAUCCCCUCAGGCCCAUUCUCCUCUUCCUCCCAAGAAACUGUUCCCCUGGGCCCAGGUUCCCAUCCAUAUUACAACACACAUCUUAUCACCGAGCCCCACCCAACUGCCACCUUCUCUACACGGAUCCUCCUCAAAUGUACAUAAUGUAAACAGCCAUUGUAGUCAAAUGCCCUUCAGUGGGACCCCACCAAUGUGUAGAGUUAAAUCUCCUCUUCCAACUAGACUUUCUCUUUUGACUGCUAUUCUGAAGUCGGGGUCUUCUCCAAAAAGGCCAUUUUCUCCCGCAUCAUGUCCUGGCACUUUUUCUCCCAAUUCCUUUGAUUCUUCAACUCUGGCAACUGAGCAGAAAUUUAAAACUAUCCCUCUCACUCCAAAGAAGGCUGCUUCACAGUUUUCUAUCUUCAGGUCCGAUUCCCCAUACCAAGAUGAAGGUUACUUUCCGGGGCUUUCUGAUGCGCCAAGGAACAGGAUGGUCUCCUCAAAGUCCAGUCCUACCCUUCAAACUUGGUCUCUGUCCCCUAAAAGGACACUCGAUACUGGAGCACGUUCCCCUGACAAACUGCGUCCUUUGUCGCCCAUAAUUUGCUCCUACAGGAAAACGGUCGUCUCUCCACUGUUGAAACCCAAACUGACCAGUUUUUCCUCACCUCCCCAUGUUUCGAGGCAAUCGGUCCUCAAAACACGAGAGCCAGGGAAGUCUACAAAAGUUCGCACCUCCUCUCCCACGUUUGCUGCCAAGUCCCAUCCAGCACCAACCUUUGCAGUCAAUCAAAGGCCCACACUCUCUCCCACAGCACAAAAACUGUCUUACUCUCCAGCUCCUGGGCAUUCUAGUAAUCAGCCUAAGGAACACUUGCGACAUGUCUCUGCAAAGGACCAAGGUACAAAUUUGUCAACUCAAUGGCCUUUUUAUCACCAAGACUCGCCAUCAUCUAUUCCACCAAGCUGUAACAUGAACUCCCCUUUGCUUCGGACAAGCGCAUCAUCCCCUCUUCAUUCAAACUUCAGAAUUUGUUCGCCCUGCUCAAGACACAAGUCCCCACCAGCAAUAACACCAUGUGGAUCCCUGGCCAGAAAGCAUUCUCCUUGCCCACAGUUUUCAAGAUCAAGGCAGACUAGCUCACCGCUGUCCUUUUCCUUGCCUUCUGAUUGUGAGAAUAAGACUCCUCAGUCAUACAAGAUCAAUGCAAGCUACAAGACAUUUGCAGCCAUCCCAACAAACACACUGCUUCUAGAACAGAAGGCACUCGAUGAACAAACCAAAGCAGAACUGGAAGUUGAGGACAGAACUCUGGAUACCCAUUCAGAGAUGUGCUCACCUGCCCAACUCAGGCAACAAACAGAAGAACUUUGUGCUGCUAUUGAUGAAGUCUUGCAAGAGCCUUUGGCCAGGCGCAGAUGUAAUUCUUCUCCAGGCUCCCUGAAGAGCAUCCUCAAUUCAAAUAAGGACAAAAUGUCUACUGCUCCACAGAGGCCAGCUGGUCGGGAAACCAAAUAUGCCAACCUCUACUUAACGGCUCCUGCUGUGACUGAGACACAUAAGAUGUAUAUCCCGCCUUUCCUCCAGGAGCUGAAGGAGGCAUACCUCCAACAACCCUGUGAGACAAAGCCUGGGGUAAUCCGACCAACUACUGUAAAAGCAAAAAUAAUAAUAAAAGAAGAAGAAGAGCCUGUCCAGCCAAACCCAUUCAGAAAGUAUUUGGAAGAAAGAAGUGAUCUUCAGACCGAACAGACCACUCAUCCAAUUGUACCUAUUCCUGAAAAUGAAGCACUCAGUUCUAAAGAGCUUUCCUCGGUCAGAAGAAAAGACAAACCAUCCUACCAAGAAGACUUACGUGAAGGAAAUUUUCUAGACACUGAAAGUCCACACCAAAGAGCUCACUCUCCACUCAUCAGAAACUCAAGAAAUAAUUUUGCAAAACUCAGCUAAAGUAUAUGCAUAAAGAUCUGACAUCUCUAUAUGCCACGUAGCUACUACUUCUUGUGGCCCUGAGAUAGUUCUUAGGCUCUGGAAUCACU